ACAUAUUCAUACUCAUAUUCAAACUGGCUUUCUUACAAUUUAUCACGCUUAGAAUACUGGUUAAAACAGACAGUGUCUCUGGUUCGGUGUUGAGUCGUUGUUUGAGCCCAUACUCGGCUUACAGCUAACUGUAAAUUGACAGAGGAGGAAACGACGGCAGAUUACACUGAAAACAUGCCUCCCCCUUUGUGUGUGAUUAGAAGGCUGAACGCCGCUACAUAUUCAUACCUCUGUCGACAAAUGACAUUUAGCAUAUUUUAUUAGUAAACACAAAGCAACACUUGCUUAUAUUUGACUUAUUUAGACAUUAGAUUGAUGAGGUUCGAUAGAAACGAAGAUGCUAACGGGGGGCUAGCAGAGUUAGCUCGGCUGCUAACGCUUGGCUUUGUGUUGAUGCAUUGACUGAAGCGUUAGAAAGAGCUUUGCAUAUUCAUUUUCACUGGGGCCGGGCAGAGGCUACACUUAAUUCUUUUCGGUGCUAUUUAUCUGGCUCAUAAGGAAACGCAAACUGUGGAAUGGGGAUGGUUUAGGUUUAAUAUCGGCUAAAUGGAGUUCGACGUAAUUUUUUUUCUCUAUUUUUUUUCCCUGGAUCUUUUGUGUGGUUCGGCGCAGGCAGGGGAGCCGCUUGGGCUGCCUGUUGUGUUAUUCAUGCGGGCCUCCCUGAAGCGGAGUGCGGACUUCAGCAUAUUCUAUCAGCCAUGCUAGAGUGAAUAAUCAGUCAGAAACUACUAAAUGUGCAAUGGAGAGCGGUGACGGAAACACCGGAAUCCAAACUAAUGGAUUGGACUUUCAGAGGCAGACAGUGCCAACCACCAGUGCAAUUACAAAUGCACAAGCACAAGCCCUCCUCCAACAGUUGACCCUGACACCAGUACACCAGCAGCUGUUGUUCCAACAGGCCCAGGCUCAGCUUCUCGCUGGGCUUGCUGUGCAGCAAUCAGCCAGCCAGCAGAACAGCACCACUGGAGCGAACAUCUCGGCCUCUGCAGCCACGCCCAUUACCCAACUGUCCCUGUCACAACCCAUCCAGAUCACCCCAGUUGUGUCAACCCCUGAUCCAAGAUAUGCAGCUCUUUUGACCGAGGAUGUUGGUCAUCUUGGUCUUUUCAAGCUAUACCAGCUACCACAGCAAAAUCUGCCCCAGUUUGUUCUGGUUCAGCCCGGCCACCCCAUCGCCACCCCUCAUCAGUUCAUCAUCUCACCGACACCGGCCCAACAGGCCCUUCAACUACCUCACAACCAAGGUAACCUCCUGCAGAGUCAACCAAGCAUCACCCUUGCACCUCAGCCUGCAACUCCAAGCCGCACACCAGCAACUACACCCAAUCACUCACUGCCCCAGAGUCAGACACCACCCAAACGGUUGGACACCCCUACUCUGGAAGAGCCCAGUGAUUUGGAGGAGCUGGAGCAGUUUGCUAAAACUUUCAAACAGAGGCGUAUUAAACUAGGCUUUACACAGGGUGAUGUGGGCCUGGCCAUGGGGAAGCUGUAUGGCAACGACUUCAGUCAAACAACCAUCUCCCGUUUUGAGGCCUUGAAUUUGAGCUUUAAGAACAUGUGCAAACUGAAGCCAUUGCUGGAAAAGUGGCUCAAUGAUGCAGUUUGUGCAGAGAACCUGACAUCUGACCAGGCAUUGUCCAGUCCCAGUGCCCUGGGCUCGCCAGGCAUGGGCAUAGAGGGGAUCAACCGUAGACGGAAGAAGAGGACCAGUAUAGAGACCAACAUUCGAGUGGCCUUAGAAAAGAGCUUUCUGGAGCAGAACCAAAAACCUACCUCUGAGGAGAUCACCAUGAUCGCUGACCAGCUCAACAUGGAGAAGGAGGUCAUUCGGGUCUGGUUCUGUAACCGCCGGCAGAAGGAGAAGAGGAUCAACCCUCCCAGCAGCGGCAGCAGUGGAGGCUGCAGCACCCCCAUCAAAACCAUCUUCACCCCCAGCAGCCCGCUGGUGGCCAGUCCAGCCUGCCUUGUGACCAGUUCAACCAUUAACACACCAACUACUUUGACUGUAAACCCAGUGAUGCCUCUCACCAGCACCAGUGUCUCUAGUCUGUCCUUCACAGGCACUACUGUUGGUGCCACAAACACAACAUCCGUCAUCUCUAAUGCUCCAAUGGUCACCACAGCAACCAGCUCAUCAUCAUCGCCGGCAACAAGUCAGUCCAUGACCGCUGAGAGCAAAACCCAUGCGGCGGCUGUCCCCACCCAGGCGGCGACAUCCAUAGGCACCACUUUAGGGACAGGUCAGGUGAUGGUGGCUGCCCCGGGACUGUCUGCGGCUCUGCAGGGAGCCCAGUUACCCACUACUGCUAGCUUUGCUGCUAUGGCUGCUGCUGCAGGGCUCAACCCAGGACUGAUGGCCUCCUCCCAGUUUGCUCCAGGGGGCGCUUUGCUUAGUCUGACCCCUGGUGGCCUCAGCAGUACACUGGGUUCUGCCUUCCUGAGCAACAGCACUCUGGCUACUAUUCAAGCCCUGGCGUCUAAUGGCACAAUUCCCAUCACAUCGUUGGACGGCAGCAACCUGCUUUUUGCCAACACUUCAGGAAGUAACGGCUCCAACAUGGUGACCUUCCUGAACCCUCAGAACCUGUCACUGCUCAACAAUCCUGUUAGUCUCCUGUCAACAGGAGGGCUGCAGGUCGACGCCCAUCACCAGUCCACGGCUGUGCCUGUGCAGACCUCCACCAUUUCCACUGCCUCCAAGGCCCAGUGAAUCCCUACUUUUAAUGUCAUGCACUACUCCUAUCUCACGCCCACAUAGGGAAAAGUAGGGAAGUCGUUCAAAGUCUCUUCACUAACCACCGAUCUUUCCAUCAAAUCUUUCCUUAUUUCAUCCUUUUUGCUGCCACCAAAAAGAAAAGAACCUCAAAACUGUUCUGAGGUUCACUUUUUUCCUUUGUCUUUUUUUGGAUAUUUUUUUUUUUGUCCCACUAUGAGUGGUCACACGAACACUGUUGUUGGCCUUGGCGAGAGAAACUGUUCUCGACAUCCUCAAGGCUUCCACACUUUCUGUUUAUAUGUGUGUAUAUAAAUAUACAUAUACAGGUCAGAUCUUUCUGAAACACUUCUAACCAAAAAAACUUUAGUGUUUUGCUUGUUUAACAUUCAAAGUAACAGAUUUAUUACUAAUUAUUCUCUAAUCACUAGUGGGUUUUUUUUAUUUUAUUAUUAUUCAUUUUAGACAGGCCUUGAUGUAAAUCAUAUCAAAGUUAUAUUUUAGAGACUUCAUUUAUCUUUACUGUCUGUAUUUUUUUUUCACAUUUAUUGAACUUUGUAAAACUAAUAUUAAGUUAAGAUUUAACUAUCACUUUUUAAACGUGGUUAUAAGGCUUUAAAAAAAACAAGUAAUAAGUGGCCGAUAUUAAGGUUAUCAUUGCUUUAAGGUGUGGGAGGGACCAGCUGUGUCUCCUCCUCUUCUCUCUUUGUAGUUGUGGAAACACUGAGUUUUAUGUGGCAAGGCAGACGCCGAGCUUUUGUAAGACAACAAUAGAAAUGUUGAGAGCUUUAAGAAGAAAAAAAAGGAGCCGCAGGCACGCUGCUCCAUGUCUGAUGGAGGCAAAGUUGUUUUCUGUAGUGAAGCGUUGAAUAGUUGUACAUUCUGUUUGGAUCCAGAGGUAGAAAUGUUGGAGUUUGUCUGCGUGUGUCGUCUCCAGCUCAGGCAGUCCAGUAACUGCAGAAGGCUCUGUGUCUGAUUGGUUCCAGUUUGAGAAGGGACCAAUCACCAGACGGGGUCAUGGUUGUGUUGGCAGUGGAGUAUUUUCGUUUUUUUUUUGUUUGUUUUUUUAUAGUACCACGGUAUCUACUUGUGCACAGUAUCUGUACCAAAAAACUGGAUCGAUGAGCUGCAGUCUGCCUUUUGUUGCGGAGGAAUGAACAUUUCCGUCUUCUCAUCUUUUUUAAUUUUCUGCGUCUGCAGUCACUUGGCUGAGUGACUGACUUUAAGAUAUACCAAAAAUAUUUGUUAAAAUAAUUGUGGUGUGUAGUCGGUGUGGCGUAGUCUAGUCAACAUAUUUAUGAGAAUAGAAUCUUUCUCUCUCUCUCUUUAUCGUCAGGCAGAUAAUAGAAAUGCAAUAUUUUGAUGAACGUGUUCCAAAGAUAACCUUUUGUUUUACUUGUAACUUUAAUUUGACCUGAUGUCUUGUCUCUCAAUGUUUCACCAGACGGGUGAGAGAUUUGCCAGUUGAGUCAUAAGAAAAUAGAUUCCUUAUAUUUGUCUUCUGGUUUUAACCAACUCCGGGUUUUUAUUUUAGCCAUUUGAGGGCUCAGUCUUUCUUAUCUGUUAAUCAGUUUUGGUCGCCUCGGUAGCAGUUUCUGACUUUUCUCAAACGGUAUAGAAAGGUUCUGUUGAUUUUGUUUUUAACUAAUAUCCAGCCAUAUAUAUGAAAAAAAAAAAAAAACAACAGCUUGAACCAAAGUGUUUUUUUUUUUCAGUAGCUGCUGUGCCUGUCCGAGCACUCUCUACUCUCCACAAUGCUAAAGCAAAAAUACUUAUUCCUCUUAUCCUAUUUUAUCACCUCGGUCAAUAACACACCUAAUAUGACUCUGGGUUUGGUGCUGCUGCCGGAUGAGGAUGAAAGAAAGAAACUUGAGCUUUAACCAGCUGCUGCUGAAGCUCCUGGUGGAGCUGCGCUGUGAGAGGAGGCUCUGGAGAUGCUUUCUUAUAGCUUUACAACUGCAGCCUGUGAAGAGCAGGUUUGUAGUUUGGACGCAUCCAGAGUUCUCUUCUUUUUUUUGUUAUUAUACAUGAACGCAUAGACCUGAUGACCAGACGAUCUGUCGGCACCAUAUUAACAUUUAGAGGGGGACGUCAUUCUGCCCCCUGACCCUCGUCUGUCCAUAGGCUACUUUAAAAAACCUGCCAAAAGACAUCACCAUUCAAACCAAACUCCCACAUAAAAGUAGCACCGUGCUGCUGCUACUCCUGCUGCUGCCUCCUCCUCCUCCAAAUAACACAAUUAAAUACCACAGGGAUUCUCCUUCAUUAAAUCACUGAAACUAUAAGCGGCAAAAAUUCUGCGUGUGCGGUCCUCCUGUGUACUAUUUUCUGUUCUUGAUUUACUUUUGACUAAAUAUACCUCAGCAGCACUUAAACAUUAGGUUCACCUGCAGACAUUACUAUAUAGAAUGUAUGAAAGUACUGUUUGGCAUCUACCAUUCAGACUUUAUACUGAAGAACCACACCAAGGAACUGUAAAGAAAAAAGAAAAAAAAAACCUACAACCUACUACUGCUAUUUUCUAGUACUACUAUUAAACGGGGUAUUUCCAGGUUUGAAUUUUUUUUAGAUACUUCUUGCCAAAGUAAAAGCCUUUUUUCUGCGUGCAGCUCGGCAGGCGUCGUCGCUGCUCAGAGCUUUCCUGUUAUCGACGAGCCUAAAAGGACUUGAGUUCCUGUUCCAGUGCUGUUCGUAGUUUCGAACCAGGCGAACGUGUGCUAGCGUUACCUAGACGAACCAGUCGUUAUUAGCAGCAUUGGACGUUACUGAAAUAUUUAUGAGGAAAGUCUCGAAUUAGAUGAAAUGACAACAUCUUUUUCGUAUAAAUAUAUAUAAAUAUAUAUAAAAAAACUUGUAAGAUACUCAUAUUUUAUAUUUGAACAAGUAUGUUAUUAAAUGUGUUUAGCACGAUAACUCAAAACAAAGUCUCCCUUAAACCUUCCUUUUUACAGCUGCGAUGAAAAAGCAAUUUUAAAAAAAGAAUCUUUAAGACCAAAAUCAAACAAAAAAAAUCUGAGGCCACGCCCUGAUUGGAUGAGAGCUGUUGACACCUAUGUCCUUUGUCCAUUGACAAGGUCUUUUAAAAAGGAGGGUCUGGAUCAGAUGCUCCAGGUCCUGAGGUUUGGUGUAGGUAGAGAUUCUGAGGCAUCUGAUCUCAGUCUUUUAAUAGAUUUUUAUUAUUAUUAUUACUCCUUUGGGUUGUGUCAGUUUUAACUUGAUUUGCUGUGCUGUCUUUAACAAUCAUUUGAUUUGAUUUUUAAUGUUACUUUAUGCCUUCAGUUGUUUUAGUGUCAGAGGGCACCAUCACUGGCUUUCUUAGGUUGACAAAGAUUAACAAUAUCAUUUAUGCCUUAUUUGUUAUAUAGAAGACAUGAGCAUUGUAGCAUUGUUAUUGAGUGUGUCUGUCCGUUUGUGUGUGUGUGUGUGUGUGUGGGCGGUUGGGCUCACCGAUGUUCAUUGCAUUGUUUCCAGUGAAACAGUUCAAUGUACUUUAUGCGUUUAGGAUAAUAGGAUGAUUUCUUUUUUCAUUGCUACCUUCCUUGUAGUUAGAUAUGACUCACACAGGUCUGUAUAAAAAACCUGUGAGGAAAGCUUUAUUAACAGUUCCAGCAGGUGUGUGUGUAUGAGAGUUCAUGUGUGUGAGAAAGCAUGCACAUCUUACAGAGUUGGUGUGGGCAGUUUGAAAAGCAUUACACUGCAAUUCCCCAUGGCCAGUGUUACAGACUGGUGGCAGUGAGGUAUGAGGAGUCUUUUUUCUUUUGGUCAUUUUUUGGCACUAGAAGAUUUUAUCCAAGGGUUAAAAUAAAGUUUGAUUUUGUCUCCGUGUACCUAAGCACAAAACCCAACAAUUUUUAAAAAGAAAAACCCUCUUUUAAUGCGAAUCUUGCUACAACAAUUGAAAAUAACAAACAUCUAAAAAAAAAAAAACAAAAUAGAUUUUACAGUACCUAGAACCCCAAAUUUACUAUUUGAUUUUUAAUGCCUCUGUGCCUGUACAAGACCAUGCACAUUCUUUUGUUUUUAUGUUUACUUGACUUUUUAUGGAAGAUUUGAUAGCCCAACUGUAAUUUUGUUGUUGUUUGAUUCCAGUUGUUUUUGUCAAAAUUACAGAUUGUGAGAUUGUUCUCCUUCAGCUGAGCGCUGACAACGAUCCUCUCACCACUGACUGUAUUUCUCUGGUUUUGGUGGAUGUUUUCGAGCAUUAACAAUGUCCUCGCGACUGUGCCACAUCGUCCGCAACACUGGUUUAUUUAAUAGUUAAUAGCGGGGGGCACCAUUGAGGGGUCAAAAGGAGCUGUUGUUAUACCUCAUUUCUAACUCAAGAAGUCUGAGUGAAAUCUACUAAACAAAAGAUAAACAGCAUUUUAUAAAAUCUCACAAAAAUGAAAUAAAAAAAAAAAGAUUAAAAUACAAACCAUUCUU